AGGAAGGUAAAUAAAGAAGGGGCGCUGACAACACACAGCAGACGGUGCCUGGCAGCUUGCAGCGGGGCUUUCUUCUUUUAACGCCGUAGACGCGGGAGACGGACGGGACGCAGGGAGACAGCCCGCAGGCGGAGCUACGGACGUUGGGCUUUCAUCCGGAGCCGUUGGCGCUUUUAGGGGAUCCGGUUGGCUUUGCCUCGUCCUUGUGUUGCGAUGGCGAUGCGGGAGUUGGUGGAGGCCGAAUGCGGGGGAGCCAAUCCCCUCAUGAAGUUGACUGGUCACAUGACCAAGGAAGAAGGGGCAUGGCAGCACCGUGCAACACCGACAAUCGCCCCCACUCCUCUUGAAAUUGCAACAGAGGAGGAGCUUGUGAAUGAGUUUCUCCAUGCUCCACCUCGACCCCCACAAACAUUUGACAUGGGUCAGCUCUUAGAGGAAAUGCAGCAAAUUGACCAGCAGAGUUAUAGGCAAGCUCCACAGAGAGCACCAGAUGUUGCAGCGCUGGCCCUCUCAGGCGACUGGGCAGCGGAGUUUGUCUCAGGUUCAGACCCUGCUGCCACCGGUGCUCUUGGGGAAGCAGCAGAUGCUGAUUGGACGAGAGAAUUUAUCGCUGAGGCUGCAGAUCCGGGACGCUGGGCAGAGGAGUAUCUGGAGCAGUCUGAGGAGAAGCUGUGGCUCGGGGACCUUGGAGACAAGGAGGCUGAGUGGGUCAAGGAGUAUCAGCCGGAAGAUGAGCUGAGACAGACAGCCAACGAGCUUGUUUCAAAGGUUGAUGACCCAAAGUUACAAAACACAGAGUUCCUGCGUUUCAUUAGGCAGAUUGGCGAGGGCAGUGUGACAGUGGAGAGCAGAACAGACAAACAGCUCACAGAUAAAGUUCAGGCCGAGGAGGCUCAGAACUGGGCCUCCAACCUCAACCAGUUCCUGACGGAGACGAGGGGAGGGAGUCUUCCCUUGGAACCUCCAGAGACGGAUCAAAAGGAUCAGAAAGUUAAAGCUAAACAAGCAGAGCAGUGGGCCAAAGUCGUCAGGCAGGUUUCAGAGGAGUCGGCGGAGGCCUGGGUGGACGAGUUCGCCACAUCGGGGCCAGACUUUCAACAAGCCAAAGCUGCAGUGGAGAGUGAUGUUGAUUUCUGGGAGAAGCUGCAGCAGGAGUGGGAGGAGAUGGCUAAGAGAGAUGCAGAAAGCCAUCCCUGGUUGUCUGAGUACGAUCAACUGCUCAGCUCCUCUUACGACAAGGGUUAUCAGUUUGAAGAGGAAAACCCCUGCUUAUCCCACCCAGACCCGUUCUCAGAAGGACUGAAGAGGAUGGAGGCGGGCGAUAUCCCGGGAGCUGUGCGGUUCUUUGAAAGUGCCGUUCAGAAGGAACCAGACAACCAGCUGGCUUGGCAAUAUCUGGGAACCUGCCAGGCAGAGAAUGAGCAGGAAUUCGCUGCCAUUAGCGCCCUCCGCAGAUGUAUAGAGCUGAAGAAGGACAACCUAACUGCCCUCAUGGCGUUGGCUGUCAGUUUUACUAACGAGUCGCUGCACAGGCAGGCCUGUGAGACGUUACGCGACUGGCUGAAGCACAAUCCAAAAUACCAGUCUGUGUGGGAGCAGUUUGAGCGCGAUUGUCAAAUGGAUGGAGGUCGGGUUAAGGAAAAGGAGAAGGAGAGGUUUGGAUCGUUGUUGCCAGAAUCAUUGUUCACUGAUGUCCAGAAUCUGUUCCUGUGUGCGGCCAACUCUGACCCUUCCCAGGUGGACCCCCAGCUGCAGUGCGGUCUGGGAGUUCUGUUCAACCUGAGCGGAGAGUACGACAAGGCGGUGGACUGUUUCAGUGCUGCUCUCUCUGUCACUCCACAGGAUUACUUGCUGUGGAACAAGUUGGGCGCCACGCUGGCCAAUGGAAGUCGCUCAGAGGAGGCAGUGGCCGCCUACAGGAGAGCUCUGGAACUGCAGCCAGGUUUCGUCCGCAGUCGCUAUAACUUGGGAAUCAGCUGUGUUAACUUAGGGGCACACAGAGAGGCUGUGGAGCACUUCCUUGAAGCGCUGUCUCUCCAGCGACAGGCUGCGGGAGACGGAGCAAGAGCUGCAAGGGGACCCGGAGGCGCAGCAGCCACGGUGAUGUCUGACAACAUCUGGUCCACGUUACGGAUGGCUCUCAGCAUGAUGGGAGAGAGCUCGUUGUACGCUGCGGCCGACCGAAGAGACUUGGACACGUUGCUGGCUCAUUUCAGCCAGAGGGAGGUGGAGGGUGGAAGUGAAUGAGAACCAGCCAGGCGAGGGUUUAUUGAGUGUGAAUGUGCUCAGAUGGGAGGUCAAUGUUUGGGUGAGACCAGUGCAGUUAACAGUUAGAGAUCAAUGGUAGACGGGGACACUGUGACAUCAGAGAUGUUACGUCUUCAUGUGUGUUUUUAAAUGAGUACUAUAAUGCAGUAUCACUCUCCGGUUGGAGAAAAGCGGCCAGCAGUAGUUCAGUCAGGCUGCUACUGUGUUUCAGAUGUUUGCCAGUCCUCACGUUUCCCUCGUCGUUCAUCUACCAAAUGAGGUGAAUUGGUUCCCUUUAUUUACUUGAAGUUUUGAAGAAUAAAGUGAACAAUACCGAGCAUGUCUAUCAUUUCCGUUCUUUGUAGCCAACAAUGUUGGUCUGUUUAUGUUAUGACACUCAGUACUCCUUUGGUCUUCACUACCUACCAGUACUUUUUAGGACUUACGUGACUGAAGGUACAGUGCUGCUGUAACAUUAAACGAGUUCUGCUUUUCACCCAGAAGUGCUCUCAAGAGAGGACGUUGGUGCAGUUUAGGGGAUGAAAUAGAAGUCAAAAAGUGCUGCAGCUUUGUUUUUAUAUCUUGUAAUUUCUUAGUGGUCGUUGAUCUGCCAGGACAGUAAACUGGCAACCAGCAGGACUGUUAUCAUGAUCAGGUGUGUGCAUCUGUUCAUUGCGAUUAACUGGGCAACAUUAAUAACAUGUCACAUCAUGAGAAUGACUGUUGUGGUUCCCCUCUGGGUUUUUUUUUUUUUUGUUUUUGUUUUUUCAUAAUGCUCUUAAACUAAUUUUGCUUCAUUGUAAAAUAAUCCUGUAUGCCAUACUGUGUAUUGUAACAUAAUUGAUGCACUAUACUUGUUUUCAGGCUACUUGGAUCCUGAUUGCAAACUUUAAUAUAAUACCCAGCAAUAAAGCUUUGAUUCCAAACAUGA